AGUGCUUGAUCUGUCUACUAAGAAAAGCCCAUGUGCAGGCAGCGCCUCCUUGAGCCAUUCACCUGGCUGCUCCGCUACUCCUGGGAAUGGUGAGGGCACAACAGAAGCAAUAGACUGUCCUGGUCAGCCAAAAUCUCCGUUGGAAAAGUUUAUGGUCAGGUUGUGCACAUACCACCAGAAGCGCUUCGUUCGUGUCCUGAAUGAUAUAUGCACUGAAGUACAGCCAGGCUGUGAGGGCCAGCAGUUACCUGGAGCUGCAAACAUGGAUCUGUCUACUUGUAGCUCAGGCUGCAGCCAGUAUCAUACUGAGAACCAGGAACUUGGAACAUCUUGCUCUGAACCUAAGCACCUUCCAUCCCUGGACCCUGAGCAAUCAGGGCCUCAUGGCUCUCUGCGCAUACUGUGUCAUGCUCUGAAGCAAGCUGUGGAUCUGAAGUCUUCAGACAGAAGAGAAAACUGCAGCCCUAUGGUCAGAAGAGACUUCCCUGAACUUCCCAACAUUAGAACAAACUCUGCAAGUCCCAGGGAUAGUCCCACUCAAGGGUACCUCACCACUUCCAAUUCCCAUUAUUCUGGUAAAGGACUGGAAGGGCUAAUGCCUGGCAAUGAGCAAGAGAUGGGGGUCAGAAAAGGUGAGGAUGACAAAGAUCAGAUGCAAAGUAGAGCUUUGUUGGGAGGUUACAUUGCUGCAAAAGCAUCAAAUGUAAACACUAGCGAGGAUGGUCUGGAGAGUCGUCUGGGCUCUCAGAAGAACCUUUUCAAACCUUUUCCUGAUGAGACCAGAGAGCCGGUCUUCUCAGCAAGUUCCCCUCGGCGAGCAGAUAAAGAGAAUGCUUUGCAGUGCAGUUCCAAAGCCUCUUUGCACCCAGACAUUGAAAUAAAUGACCAAGAAGCCAGGCCGAAGGUAGACAGCCAUCUCCAAUCUGUGGGGAAGAGCAAGGGUGGCGGCCAUAUGCAUCCUGUUGACAAGACUCACUUGGAGAAAGACAAUUGGCUGCCUGCUAGUCCUGUGCCGGGGGUGCACCACAGAACCACCAAUGGACACUCAAGGGCCAAGAGCAUCUCAGUCUCCUCCAAAAGCACCCGUAAGAGCAAACGAUCCUCGGGACUAAGAAUAAACGACUAUGAUAACCAAUGUGAUGUUGUGUUUAUCAGUCAGCCGAUUACAGAGUGCCACUUUGAAAGCAAGAGGGCUGUGUCUUCUAGAAAAACGGCAAGGAAGAGUACACGUGGGUACUACUACAAUGGUGAGUGCUGUGAGCUUCCAACUGUUCGCACUUUGGCAAAGGCCUCCCGUGUGCAGGAGAGUGGGAGCUCUCCAUCACCAAGGGCCGAGGUCCUAACUAGCCCUAGUCAAGCAGCAGCUCAAGUUGUGAGUGAAGAUGCUGACAAAAGGUCUUCUUCCCCUGUGGCUCUCCCUCAGAUGGAUUCCUCUGACAAGAAAACUCAGGACACAGCUGAGCCAUGCUCAGCUGAGAACAAUCCUCCUGCAGCUAGUUCCGCUGAAACACCCGCAGAUGCGCUCUCCCCACUGGCCUGCCCCGAUCUGAAUGCAGAGGAAAGCAGCCUGUCUGCCUCUUCAUUUCAGUCUGCAGUGGUCUCUUCCCUCCAACUGAAUGAACAGGAGCUGCAAGAGGAAGCUGAUACAGGUGAUGUGCUGCAGACUAGUAGCACCAUGGACGACUCCUGUAAGAGUAGCAGUCCUUGUGAAGACAGUGGCAGUCCAGCGGAUUCUGUGCCACUGACCAUCUCAGAAACUGCUGAUGGCAAAGAAAACUCUUUGACCUUGGAGAAUAUCCCAGAGCCUUCCAGUCCUGUAAAUCAGGAGCCUUCUGUUAGUGUGGAUCUGCUGCUGACUGAAGAGCUCACAGCCAGAGUGGAUUUGCUGCCUCCCUCUGAGGGGUCUGCUACUACUGUAGACUUGCCACCAUGUGUGGAAACACCUGCUGAUGUGGAACUCCCAUUGCUUUCCUCUAUAGAACUUGCAGAACCACAAGCAGAGUCUUCUGCUGUUGACAGUCUUGAUGCUCCUGUAGUCCUCCCAGAAGAACUCCCUUUGGACACGGAGACAGUGUGUUCUGGGGAGCUUGUAGCCAGCGUGAAGGCAGCUUCUCCAGUGGUGCUUCCUGCCAGUAUGGCCCCUGAGACUUUUGCUGAUAUAGAUUUGGAAUCCUCAGAGCCCCCUGCUGUAGAGUCUCUGGAGACCACACCUGGCAAGGCGGAACUGGAACUUUCCCAGCUCCAUUCCAGCUCAGAUGCUACAGAGCUCCCUGCCUGCUUGCAGUGUGGUGGUGCAAAUGGAAGCAUUAAUACUGAGCCCAGUGAGGAAGGGACUCAGGACAGGGAGGAGGAAGGCCAGGCAGGGAAAAGUGAGACUGUGUUGCCUGUUGUAGAUAUUGGUGAAAACUGGGAAGCGGAAAUGGUAAACGACACAGGUGAUACUAACAAGAGAGAUGAGAACAGGGAAGCUGAUGGCAAAGCUCCACCGGUCUCUGAAUUGUCAGAAACAAGUAGCAAGGAGGCAAUUUCUUCCAAAAUAAGCGCAGACAAAAAGCGAAAGAGAGAGAAAAAACCACAAGUUGUAUCUGAUCGCCGCCUUCGGAGCCAGCAGUCCCUGUCGCCCACAGAGGACAGUUCUGAGCCACCCAGCUCAUCCACCUCUGUGCAGCUUCCUCAGCUUCAGAUCAAGCUUUCUAAAAGCCCUGGCGCUAAACGUUUUAAGAGGGAGGUGCAUCUUGAUGGGGCAGCGUCUGUGAGCUUUCCAAGUGACUGUGCCCAUGAAACACUGCUCACUGACAUGGGGAACACCCAAGGGGGAGAGUCUAAGCAGCAAGGGGAGGAUUCAAAUGACAUCACAAAGGAACAGACCUAUGAAAACCUGUUGUCAGCAGAGACUGCAGUAGAUGAAGGUCAGAAUGGGGAUGACAAGAGUAAGCCAGGGACUAUGCUUGAAAUCUGUUUAGAGGCAAAUUCUGACAAGAGAAGUGUUCAUGUCCCAGUAGAAAUCUCUGAUGAGGGUGAACAACAGACAACUAGGAAUCAAGAAUCUCUGGAGAACUCUGACAGUGCUAUGGAAGUUAGAGAGGUGUUGCACACUGACCAAGGGAUCAUUUUCCAACCUUGUCCAGGUAGCAAGGAUGAAAGCAAGAAUGCACCACUGGAGAAAUCUAUGAGAUACAAAAAGCCAUCCCUCCAGUUCUAUAACUUGAGACACACCCCUGCCCUUCCUCUUGUGGCUACUGUCCAAAAAACUACACCAGGAAAAGUAGUUAGAGAAGCAGACUCUAAUGUCAUGGACCAACAACAAGCUGGGAAUGAAGACCCCAUUGGUUUUAGCAGCAUGGAAGUGUUGUCUGAAAACAAACCCAGAUUUGUGGAAUGGUGUGCUGAGGAAGAGAACCAAGAACUCAUCACAAAUUUUAAUGCCCAGUACAUGAAGGUCCAGAAAGGGUGGAUUCAGCUGGAGAAGGAAGCCCCACCAGCUCCAAAGGUCAAGAACAAGUCUGACAAACUGAAAGAGAUCUGGAAAAGCAAGAAGAGGACCCGGAAAUUCAAAGGGUCCACUGAGGUCCAGAAGCUCUCUCCCGUUCAGAUGCUGUUCGUGAAGGCAUUCAAUGUAUCCAACAUCUGCAGGUGGUUCAUGGAGACAACUGAAACCAAGUCUCUGGUCAUUGUGAAGAAGAUGAACACGCGACUCCCAGGAGACAUCCCCCUCAUCAAGCUUCCACUCCAGAAGGGCUCCUCUUCUGGAAUCUACCCAAGUUCCCUUCAAGCUGAACGUCUGAAGAAGCAUCUGAAGAAGUUUGCUGCUAUGACUCCAGCAAAAAACACAAUAAAAACCCAAAGACUCUGGGCUAGGCUUCGAGAGGCCACUGAAGAAAAUGAGCCAGAGCAAGUGGCCAGUCCAAAGCAGAUGUCCCCCUCUGAUGUACCUGAGGAACAUACUGUUGAAGCCAAACCCCAACCUUGUCCAACCACACCUGUGCAGACCAACUCACGGAUUCUGAGGAAAAGCUCCAACUUGCGAAGCAAACUUCCCGGCCAGCACAAGGUGGUCAAACAGGAGAAAAAUGACUGUGUAACAAAGCAGCCCUCAGCUGAAAGCAAGCCAAGUAGGAAGAGCCUGUGCAUUAAGCCACUGAUGUCUCCAAAGCUGACCCAGCAGGUCAAAGCAGCCCAACUUCCUACCAAACCUAUUCCAAUUGAAAAAGGAGGAAAGGAAAGAAAAGGGAAAGGCAAGCUGCAGGAGGACUCCCCAUCAAAGGGUGAGCCUCAGCCAAGCAAAAAGAAGUCGCUGACUGAGAGCAGCAGGGCACAGGGGCAGUUGAACAAGCUUCCUCUUAAAAAGCCCAGUAAAUUAAAGCAUUCGGAAGCCCGUGCUACUCGGAAGCAGAUGGCCACGGAAAGAAGCAAUAAGCACAUGUCUCAGAAUGAGAAAGUGAAGAAGCCACAGCUUGAGAAAAAGAAGCCUCCCGUCCAGAAAGGGAAAGCAAACACCAGUCAGAAAGUUACUCUUCCUUCCAAGCAAGCAGGGCUUGCCAAGCCUUCGAAGCAGAAAGCUGCGCAAGACUCCUCCAGCCGAUCUCUGAAAGUGGCUGCUAAAAAGGCAGGCGGCAAAAAAGCUCUGACUAGGUCAAUGAAACUGUUUCAGCAGAACAAAAAAGCCCAGAGCAAAAGGAAGCUAGGGGGGGACAAAAAUUCUUCACCUUGCAAGCGCAGGCGGCUGGAUGCAAAGUAGCAGCCUUGAGU